AUGGCAGAGAAGACAGUUCUUAUCACGGGCAGCACACGCGGCAUCGGCCUCGAGUUUGCCAAGCACUUCACCAAAGCUGGAUGGAAAGUCAUUGGCGUGGCGCGCAAUGGCAGCAAGGCGGACGAGUUAAAGGCGUUGUCACCGCUCAAGAUUGUGAGUUUCGACUGCACCGACGAGGCGUCAAUUGCCGAGGCAGCGCAGGAGCUCCAGGGGGUUCCAAUUGACCUCCUCAUCAACAACGCAGGCAUCUUCAUCGGCGGCGGCCUGACAACCACGACCAAGGAGAUGCUCAUGCGCCAGUUCGAGGUGAACACGGUGGGCCCUUUCCUGGUGACGCGUGCAUUGCUACCAAACCUGAAACUUGCGGCGAAGAAGAAUGGCAGCGAUGGCGCAUUAGUGGUCACGGUGUCAUCCCAGAUGGGCAGCAUCGCUGGCAACACGGCUGGAGGAAACUACAGCUACGGAGCCUCCAAGGCGGCUGUGAACAUGGUGAGCGCCAGCCUGGCGAUUGACUUGAAGAAGGACAACAUCGCGGCGAUUGUCGUGCACCCGGGCUACGUGGUGACGGACCUCACAGGUGGACUGGGCGACGUCCACACGGACGAGAGCGUGAAGGGGAUGACAAGUGUGAUCGAGAAGAUAUCAAUGGCCGAUACCGGGAAGUUCUUCCACUUCCAGGGUCACGAGAUGCCGUGGUGA